CGAGGCACGCGGACUCCGCUCUCUGUGUGUUUGUGCUGUCCGCCCGCGUGAAAAGUCUGUCGAUAUUUUAAACUUAUUUACAACCGCACGGCGGUUGCAGGCGCCAUGGAGGAAGACCAAGAGGACGGUGUGGAACGAUGCACAUCGACACUAUUACAUCGGCACACACCCCGGAUUCUGCGGGGCCAUCAAGCAGUCUCCAGAGGACUUCAUUGUCGUAGAGAUCGAUGAGCACAGCAACAGAGCGGACGCCGACCAUUUGGUACCGGGCGAUGGUCCUUCAAGCCGACUUGCACGUCACGCUCCCUACCCCUGUGCACCAGUCGAAGCCAAACGGCCAAAGCUUGACCCUGAGCGGUGCGUUAACGUGCCCGUGGAAAUUGUCCCGCGGUGCGACUUUCCUGCCGUGGUGGGCCCGGCUUCUGGGGAGCGUCCCCUGGGUGAAGGCGUUGCGGAGGAGGAGGAGGUCGAGCAGCUCCUCCCGGACGCGAUAUUUGACGACGCCGACGCGGACGCGGCUCUUGAAGCCACUUGCGAGGUGACGGGCGUCCGAAACCCCGUGCUCGCGGAAGACGUGGCCGAGGCGCUGGGAGAUUUCGCAGCGGCGGAGCGCGAGGCGGCGGCGAUGCUCUUGCCCGCGCGUGAAAGGAGCGACGCCGGCUGCCUCUCCCUUGGACUCUUCCCGGACAAAGAGACGAGAGCCGAGGUCCAUCGCACGGUCCGUCAGAGGUUUCCCUUCCUCAAGACGAUCACCAGUGGCACUGAAAUUAAGGUGACGGCUGACCCCGUGUACGCGGAAUUCCGGGGUCUCGUUUCGGAGGAGGAGGCCGAUGGGUUCUUCCGUUUCGUCGACGCCAAGCGAAGGGACGCCACGUUCACGUUCCUCGCCGACUCGCAGCGGGCACGCAGGGCGGCUGUGCACCACGCCGUGACGCGCCACUUCGGCAAGGUCCUGGAGACCAAGAGCUUCUCCGAGGCUCGCGGCGGCUGCGGUGGAGGGCAUUGCACCAGGAUCGUGGCUCGGUUCAAAGGGGGGAGGGCGCCGAGCAAGAAACGCAGGGGCGCAGAUGUCGGGGCCUCGGGGAGCGAGGACUUGGAUUUGAUUGACGGCGACGUCUACACCGUGUUCACUUUGCAAAAGACCAACAUGGAGACACUGGGAGUGAUCAGCAUGCUGGCUUCAGAGCUGGGAGUCCUCCCGAGUGACUUCAGUUACGCUGGCACCAAAGACAAGAAGGCCGUCACCUUCCAGAGGAUGGUGGUUCAAAAAGUGACCCCCAGCAGGUUGCAGGAGGCGUCCGCGAGGCUGGAGGCGAGAGGCCUGCGCGUGGCGGCGGCGUCGCGAGCAGCCCGCCCGCUGCGACUCGGCGAGCUGUGGGGGAACCAUUUCCGCAUGACGCUCAGAGGCGUCGGGGCGCCCAAGCAACCCCACAGCGGGACGACGCCUGCCGUGCGGGACUGCGUCGAGCGAAGCGUGCGUGGAGUCGCGGAGCAUGGAUUUAUCAACUAUUAUGGGCUCCAACGAUUUGGAGCAAGCCAAAGCGUCAAGACGGAUGAGAUUGGUAAACAUCUGCUUAAAGGCGAGCUGGACAAAGCUCUCAAGCUCUUUUUCACUCCGGAGGCAGGAGAUGAUGCUGUCAACCAGGCCAAAAGGCUCUUCCUGGAGACCGGCGACGCCAAGCUGGCCCUGUCCCUGAUGCCGGCGCACAAGACGCGCGAGCGGCUGAUGCUGCGCGCGCUGCAUCGCUGCGGCCCUCCCUGCGGCGACGACGUCGGAGGGAGCGGCGCCGGCGCCGGCGGGCGAGCCGCCCGCGCCUGGAUGGCCCUGCCGCGCACGGCACGCCUCCUCUACCCGCACGCGUACUGCAGCGCGCUGUGGAAUCGCGCCGCCACGGUGCGCGCGCGGCUCCUCGGAGUCCGGCGCGCGGCCCGCGGGGAUCUCGUGCUGCCGGAGGGCACCGGCCGCCGAGGGGACGCGGUGCAUGUUGUGACUGAGGAAGAGGAAGCUAAUGAGGUUUACACAAUAGACCAGGUGGUGCUGCCCAUGCCGGGCAGCAGUGUGCGGUACCCGGACAACGAGGCGGGCGAGGCCUACCGGGCCACGCUGCGACGGGACGGCCUGGCGGACUCCGCCUUCCGCGUCGCCGAGCUGCGCGUCAGCCUCCCCGGCGCCUACCGCCGGCUCCUGGCUCGCCCCUCCAACGUCUCUCUCGCCUGGACGGGGCAGGGCCUGCCCGGCGCCACCCUCCGCAUCGGCCGCGCCGAGACCGCCGGCCGAGCCGGUGCCGCCGACCCGGCGGAGAACACGGAGGGUGGGAGUCUCCCGGGUACCGCCGGUCGCGCGAGUUGCCUCUCUUCGUCGAGAGCGGCCCACGGCCUCGGCCUCGAGGCCACGGAAUCUGCUCGCCCGGCAUCUGGCGACGGUGCCGCAGGCGACCGCAAAUCGGGGAGUCGGGCGUCGCGAAGCUGUUCGCCGGCUCCUGGAGGAGGCGCCGACGCUAAAUUUGACGCGGAGGAGGCGUCCGCGGGCAAUGGCAGUGGCAUCCCUGAGACUUUGGGCUCAGAGGAGGCUUUUGCUGUUGGCUCCUCUUCCUCCCUGGUCAUCACCCUUGAUCUGCCCUCGUCGUGCUAUGCCACCGUGUGCCUCGGGGAGAUGAUGAAGCGUGAGGUGUGUUGACUGAGCCGGAUUGGACUUCGCCCAGAUUGUGUGAGAUGCGCAAGGCUUGCAGGGGUCGAUUUGAGAGCCUCUUUAUACGAAAUAACUGUCAUCGCCGUCAUCGCCGUCAUCGCUUAUUGCAAUACGUCUUAAGGUGCCGUGCUGCCUAUUAAGGGGGCACCCCAAGUGGCAGCUGUCCCUGUGCGGCACAAGAUCAAUGCAGCACCUCCCUGAAAUCCGCCCCCCGUUACUCUGCCAGUAGUUGGUUGCUCUGCGGCUUUUCCCAAUUAAGUAACUUGUGGGGCAAUUUACCAAAUUUCUGUAAAUUAAUCCCAAAUUACAACGUGGCGCUGAAACACAUGGCCUCCUCUUUCCUGAAUAACAUCGUGGGGUCUUUAACGUCCACUGCGAAGGCGGACAGCGCAGCAGUAUUUACGGUUCGUAUUUACCGGGGCUGCCAUGGGCUCGAACCACGAGCUACUUUUCGACCAUGUCACUGUCUCCCGUAGAAGUCCGGUGAGCAAAUUCUCUCAUCAGUGACCAGAGGCAGCUGUGCCGGACGAUCGGACAAGUCAAAUGAUGUGAAUGCUUCAAAAUGCUUCCUCGUGAGAUUAUCCUUAAUUGUUUUGUCAUUAAACGCACAAUAUGUUCAUCCGCGUGAUAUUUGAAUAUGCUACCUGAUAAAAACACAUCGGUUCAAGAAAUCAUUGUUGUGUGUGCGUGUUGUGUGUGACAACUUGUGUUGUUGACAUUGUCUGAAUAUUGACGUGGUUUGUGGUUUAUAAUGAGGUUCAUCUCAUGAUGAAAGGGUGCAAUGUUGUUUUGAAAGCCAUUGGUGUAAGCGAUAGAAAGAUUAAAAGCUCAAGUGUUAGAGUAAGUGACCUUGUGAGUAUUGGUAGCAUUAAAAGAGUGCUAACAUUGGAAUUUCAUUUUGUCUCAGCGGGGAUUCUGUAAAAUGAAAACAUACACAACGUUAAAAUAAAGAAACACUUUGGGUACAAAGAUUUAACUAAGGCCUUUGAUCUUAAAUAUAAUUGUUCCUUUGUGUUUAUUGGUUAUUUUUACUCGUUAUCUGAAACAUUUCCCAUCAUUUUACUUCCUCAGUCGACGAGAGGCACGCAAAUGACACUAACGCAAAGCUCGGCACCGCUUACACUCCCACGCGACUCGCGCGCGACAGACCGUAGUUCACGAGUACCGCGCGUCGGCGAUUAGCGGCGCACAGGCAGGGCCCACGGAUCGUCAGAGGCACGCGGUCUUCGCGCAACAUUCACGCGCCGUCAAAGGCAUUUGACGUCAAUCCCUUCGCGCGUGUUGAGCACCUCCAGUCCCGCUCUCGAAACCGUUACGCGAUUGGGGCGUGAUUCAAAACGAGUUUGCAGGUGUCGGACCAAAUCUGCGAGAUUGUUCGGCUGGGGGGGGGGGGGGGACUGCUCCCUCCAGGAUUAGUUCAGGAAUGGGGGCCGGAUGGAGCAGACACAAUAGUCGCGCAGGAGUCGGGCUGGCAAGGUUUGCCAGAGCCAUAAUAUUUGUGGUUGUGGUGAGGCGGUCACCUGGCCCGAUGGACAUCUGCUUCGGCUGUUCAGAAAUGUUUAGAUUGUUUUCUUCCUUUGGUACGGUCUUGCAAUUGUGAUGUCUCUUGCGUGAUGUCGUGAGAUGAAGAUGUUCCUGCUCAGAGCUUUCGCUCUGUGGCGGAGAGAAAGGCCUUGGAAGACGAUGUCACACAACUACUUUUGAAGUCGCUUCAAGAGACUUUUUUCCACGCAGGUGCACACCCUUCAAUGAGUUCUCCACAUCAAUACAAUUUAUGUAUUUCUGUUAAUUGUCUGUGUGGCACAAGUAUGUUACUUGUAAUAGAAAUGUGUUCAUUAAUACUUUUUGAUACCCGACACCCUACUUUUAGUUAUCACCCGAUGGUGUAAAGUGCAGUCUCAAACCUUAAUGUAUCCACUCUAUCUCUUGAGCAUCUCCUUUUAUGUGCUGUGGAGAACGGCCAUUGCCUGAAACGUCACCAAUAUAUAUAUUUUUUUAUUUGAAGGCCGCGGCUUGGUUGAAUAAUGAUUUGCAUUUUAACUAUCAAACUUGGAACGCGCCAAUUGAAGUGAUGGAUAAACAAAAACGAAUGUAACAUAUGACCUGGACAUUUUGUAUAGCCGUCAAAACAUCAGCUCGCUAUAAGUCGUGAACACAUUUUUAUCGCGGUUUGGUUACCAGAACUGAACAGAGGAUUUGGCACUGCCAAAUCCUGACACCAGAGCCACCACGCGAUUUCAUAAUUUAGUGACGGCUGAUGGUUUUUUUCUUUAAUUGGCUUUCUCCAGGAAUGGUGGCUCGGCACGGUUGGUUUGAUGAACUAUUAAACUAAGAAUGCUUUUACACCAUUGGAACCUCAUUUGCCAGUAAAAAAUAUGAUAAUUGUUUUUUUACCCUUCUAUCUGGCAAAAAAAAACUGACACCUUUUUUUACAAGGAGUCAUGUUUGCAUAGACCACAAUACCUGCAACCAUAAUGCAAACAAAAACACAACUCUGAAAAUGUAUGCACUGUCCUUGAAAUUGAUUGGUCCACACCCGAGACAGCUUUCCUUAGAGCCUAGUCUCACAUGGGUUGGACCAGAUGACGCCAAAAGCCUCCAAAAAAAAUCGUUAAAAAUGUCAUCACUUGUACAUGUAAAGUUAUAAGGUGAAUGUUAUUUAAAGAGCGACAUUAAUGCAGACAUUUGAAAUUUUAAUGUAGGAUUUGAGUUUACACAUCGCAUUUAUACGUACAUAGCCUCAGUUAAAAAGGACUGUAAAGCAAUAUAUGAAGUUAAUUUCUCACGGAAUCUUGCUAUGUGCACCUGGGUUUAUUUAUGUCGACCUUUUCCUGAAAAGCUUUGAUGAAUUGCCUGUUUUUCUUUUUAGCCCAUUCUGUAGCUAAUGUAGCAAUUAUUUUUUAUUGAAAUAUAUCGCUAACCAAAGUGGAAAUAAAUAUGGAUUUCAAUUUGGUAAAACAAUGACUCCCUUUUAUUGUUUACUUUUGCUUCCGUGUAAUAUAAGUUUCUAAUUAUUUUCUUGGUAUUAUAUGAACGCACGUGCUGAUCUAGCAAGGCAGAACUUAACACGUAAAUAGGCCCGAGGUAGGGUUAUCCACUCGUCGCUGAUGAAUGGCAUUGGAUGAGUUACCGUGCCAGGAA